AUGAAAUCACUUCUUUCAAACUUACAAAAGGCCAAUGAAGCCCAUCAUUCAAAAGCCUCUAAAUUUGAUCUUUCUUUACAAGAAGCUCAAGAAAUUCCAAUCAAUACUGAUUUUUCUCUUUUUUCUCAAGAAAAUUCCUCAAUUGUUGAUUUACCUCUUUCCUCACCUGAAUUAUCUGAUGAUGAUGAAAUAAUUGACUUGGGAACUCUUGAAUAUGAUAAUGAAAUUGCUAAU